AACUUCAGUUGCGAAACCGCUGUAGGAAUUCCGCUGCGAUAAAGUGUAGUUGUGUAGUUGCGGAACGGGCGUCGGAACCUGCUAGUCAUCAGUCAGCCAUCGGAGCGAAAUGUCGUCGUUAUCAGAGUCAGAGGAGGAGGAAAUAUUAUUGUGGACUUUAACUUUGAAAAGGCGUAAAUCUCGUAGAAUUUGUGUGCACGAGAUUAAUGAAAAAAGGAAGAAAUUAGGAGAAAACCUAUUAUGUAAAGAACUAGAGUCACAUGAAGAUCGUUUUUAUACAUAUUUUAGAAUGAGCCCAGGGAGUUUUGAAGAUCUACAUAAUCUUUUGAAGCCACAUACUACUAAACAAAAUACAAGGUUUAGGGAAGCUAUUUCUAGCAGAGAAAGAUUAGCCUUAACUUUGAGAUUCCUAACUACUGGAGAUUGCUAUAAGACAUUAUCGUUUUCAUAUCGUAUAGGAAAUUCAACAGUUUCAAAAAUAGUGACCGAAGUAUGUCAGGAAAUAUGGAAUGUUUUACAACCAUUAGCCAUUCCACAACCUACACAAGAAAUGUGGCUCAAUAUCGCAGAAGACUUUUUUGGGAAAUGGGGAUUUCCUCAUUGCCUGGGUAGCGUGGAUGGAAAGCAUAUUACCAUUAAAUGCCCUCCAGAUAGCGGCUCAAUGUUUUACUGUUACAAAAGUAAAUUUUCUAUUGUGUUAUUGGCUGUUGUAGACGCUAAUUACAAAUUCAUAUAUGUUGACAUUGGAUCGUUUGGAAAAGAUUCUGAUAGUACUAUAUUUGAAAAAACACCUUUUUUACAACUAUUGCGAACUGGUCAACUUAAUGUACCAAAUGCCCAACCAUUACAACAAGGCACAGAUCCUUUGCCUUAUGUUUUAAUAGGGGAUGGUGCCUUUAAGCUGGAAACGUUUUUGAUGAGACCUUUUGUAAGAGAAGCGGCUAUGCAAGAUAGAGAUAAAAAGAGAUUUAAUCAGGCGCUCAGUCGAGCACGUGUAGUUGUGGAAUGUGCUUUUGGAAUAAUGGCACAGAAGUUUAGGAUUUUCCUAAGAAAUUUCGAAACAGAUUUGACAAACACAAUAAAAAUUGUAAAAGCAGCUUGUUGUUUGCACAACUUUAUACAGACGAAAGAGUCAGCCGUACAUACCAGUUCCAGCUUUGAAAUAGAAAAGCUAGGUGCCUUUCUACCACAAAAUAGACCUGGCAACCGACAGAGAGCAUCGUCGGCAGCGUUUGAGGUCAGAGAUAAAUUCGUUCAAUAUUUUACACAAACGCAGAGAACUUAA